AUGACCAGUCUGCGUCAUCCUCCUCACGCCAUCGCCUUACCUAGUCUAGCUUUUAGCCUGAAGCAUAUUCCUCAAACGGACCCGCUCACUACACAUCCUCGUUCCACUGCAGAACGACAAGCACUUUCACUUGAUCGGGUUCUGAACGUGCAUGCAUAUACUCAGUUGGUGGGUUGCACGACGUGUGGACAUUGUAGAGGCGUCUUUCAGGCUGAUUUGCACCCCGCCCACCAUUUAUCUGCUUGUGUCCUGUUUCACCGAGGAAAGGCAGCUGGACCAUCAGUCUAUCCCCCCGGUGAUGAUGGGUAUCUGUCUAUCGAGGAUGACGACACUGACGACGAGCUUCUGGUGUUACAGGAAACCGGGAACCCGUCGUUGGCUGCCACCUGCAGGUGUAUUCUGAUUUGUGCGUACGAGUCGAUAUUGUUCAUAAGUACUGCUAUCUGCGAGCCGCAAGAGUUUGAGAUUUCAAUGACAGACGAGGUUACGGAGCCAUCGAAGAGGAUUGACGAAACGGAUGUGUCGUACAGAGGCCGGGCAGGCAAGUCACGUCAAGGCAACGCGGUUUUUCUACGCGUGUUUCUUCCUCGAGUACGCUAUGGAGAGCCUAUCGUUGUCAUCAUCGAAGAAGCUGAGUCUGAUAUAAGCGCCCCGGGCCUCUCCCACCACCGUCAGGCAGCCUGGCUUCUCAUCCGCAACCAACCUGCUCUACCAAAAGUCGGAAUUCCUGUGUGGGUUUCAGAAAAGGAGCACGAAGGCAAGGUCAAGACAAGGUCUUCGGGCUACUCGUGGUUCCUAGUCGAGUUUCCCUUCGUCACUUCGUUGCGGAGGUACAAGGUGCUAUCCUACCUUACGUUCAGUGGGAGAGGCUUGUCCAGGCAGUCGGUCGGUACAAGGAUGUACACCGAGUCACCAUGCAAGACUGAGGAUAUAUCAGAGGUGAAUGUGGUCGUCAUAUUGUACGUGUCAAUCUCCCUAAACGCAUCGCCUGCUUACCUUCUUUGGUCGAGGCAGAUAACCCUUGAGACCUUAUUCGAACUGACUCGGCCGCUCCAUAUCUUCACUCUCCUAGGCAACGAAGAGUAUACGCCUACCCAAGGGACACGUGCAUACGCUCUAUUGGUCGGACGUACGAUGCGUGGAAAUACCUGGAUCGUUUAUCAAGCUUACUUGAACCCCGCACAGCAUGUCAUCGAUCGGGAGCUGCCCGACCGGGGAAAGAUCCUUUUCGCGAGAUCGGCUUCCUAUUUGGUAAUACGAGCGACGAUGGGCAUGGAAGAUCGCUGCUAUGCAUUGGAGGACAUGGAUUUUGACGAUGGAGGAGAUAAUGAGACCGUAAAGAGGCUCAAUGAACAGUGUAAGACUAUUUGUAUAGACGAUGGUGCAUUUGUUCUCAGCGAUGUCGGCGAGACGAAAUUCCUCUAA